AUGCACUACAUUUCUGCGUCUAGAAGGCCUAUUUCAGGGCAGCCAUCCAAGAAGGGUGGCGUGUAUGAGGUGUCACGGUUAGAUGACAUUAGCUCCAAGUUAGAGGUGUUGGCUCACCUAUUUGACAAGUUUGUAUCUAUACAAGGGCAACCCUCUACACAAUCAUAUCAGAAUAGGGCAAACCAGGAUGUUUUUUCCAUGCACUCUACUCUUGACAAUCCAAUUGAGGAACCUGCCCCUAACCCUUUUGAGGAGCAAGUGCAGAACGGCCGAGAGCUAAUUAGGCCUGAGAGGGAAGUAAAAGUCCAGGGUAGAGAAGAGGAAAUUCUAGGUAGGGACCAAGCCAAAGAGAGUGAGAGUAAGCCACUUGUAGAGUCAAUUGUUCAGAGACCGGGUAAGGAAAACGUUGGGGAGAAUAAACCAUCCCUUGCAUCGUACAUACUGAGAGCACCCUUUCCUCAGUGCUUAAAGCCCCCAAAUGUUCCCACUACUAGGAAAAGUGCUAGGAUGGAGGAAAUGAUUGAGUUGUUUAAGCAGGUUCAGAUUAACAUUCCACUUUUAGAUGCCAUUAAGCAAGUACCUGCUUAUGCCAAAUUCCUCAAAGACUUAUGCACGCAAAAGAGGUGAAUGAAAUAUCACACAUCUAAGACUGUACAUUUACCGAAAAAUGUAAGUGCAGUUGUCUCAAACCGCAUUUCCCCGAAGUUAAAGAAUCCUGGAGCUCCUAUUAUUUCUUGUGUGAUAGGUAAUGUCACGAUUGAUAGAGCAUUCUUAGACUAAGGGGUGAGCAUGAACUUAUUACCCACUUUCGUAUAUGAACGGUUUAACUUAGGUGAGCUCAAGUCUAUUGAAGUCAUCUUACAGUUAGUUGACCGAUCGGUCAAAAUGCCUAGGGGCCUAAUUGAGGACGUGUUAGUUAAGGUUGAGGAACUAUAUUUUCUGGUGGAUUUUCUUGUCUUAAACAUUGAGUAUAUGAGCAGUGGAAGUAUGCCACUGAUUAUUUUAGGGAGACCUUUUCUAGCAACAGCAAAUACUUGCAUUAACUAUAGAUUAAAAGAGAUGGAAGUGUCUUUUGGGAAUAGGAAACUAAGACUUAAUGUGUUUAAUGCUGGUUUAGGACCGAUGCGUGAGGACGAUAACUACUUGAGUGUCGUGUCUAAGAUUCAAGAGGUUAGUGCCUAUAUAGCUAGGUCGCCCACUUUAGAGCGUCGACCUUGGAACAUCAAGUAUGAAACCUUACCACCUUUGUCUAAGACGACACAACUGAGGUCAAUUGAGUCUCCAACAGUCUUAGAGUUGAAAGUCUUCCCUGAUACUCUAAAGUAUGUUUUUCUAGGACCCAACAAGACCUUACCCGUGAUCAUUGUCGCCAACUUAGAUAGUGAGCAAGAGGAGAGAUUAGUGGCGGUCUUGACAGCACAUAAGGAAGCAAUCGGUUGGUUGGUAGCCGAUUUGCGAGGGAUUAGCCGUUCUUUGUGCAUGCAUCGCAUAUUUUGUGAAGAGAAUGCUAAACCGGUGCAUGAAGCUCAAAGAAGGUUAAACCCGAACAUGAAGGAGGGGAUGAAGAAAGAAGUGAUCAAAUGGCUUGAUGCGGGUAUCAUCUACCCUAUAUCCGACAGCCAAUGGGUGAGUCUAACCCAUGUUGUACCUAAAAAGAGUGGCCUCACCGUUGUUGAAAAUGAAAAAGGUGAGUGAAUUCUUACCCGUACUCCCACAGGAUGGAGAGUUUCAGUGGAUAAGGCAAAGGUAGAGUUGAUUUCUCAACUACCACCGCCUUCAUCGGUCAAACAAAUUAGAUCUUUCCUAGGCCAUGCAGGAUUUUAUAGGCGUUUUAUCCAGAAUUUUAGAAAGAUCUCUAAGCCCUUGUGUGAUUUGCUUGCUAAAGAUGUGCCAUUUGUUUUUUAUGACUCUUGUAUGAUUGCCUUUACCAUUUUGAAGGAAGCGUUGACCACAGCAUCCAUUAUGCAACCUCCUGAUUGGAACCUACCUUUUGAAGUGAUGUGUGAUGCGUCGGACUAUGCCAUUGGUGCAGUCCUUAGCCAACGGGGGAAUAAAAAGCCCGUUGUGAUCUACUGUGCAAGCAAGACCCUCUCUGAUGCUCAAUGUAAUUACACCACUACAAAGAAAGAGUUGCUUGCAGUAGUGUUUUCCUUUGAUAAGUUCCGGUCUUAUCUUCUUGGGUCUAAGAUAGUUGUCUUUACGGACCACAUUGCAGUUAGGUAUUUGUUAGCCAAGAAAGACACUAAGCCUAGACUAAUUCGAUGGAUUUUGUUGUUGCAAGAGUUUGAUCUAGAAAUCAAAGAUAAAAAGGGUAGUGAUAAUGUGGUCGCCGACCACUUGUCUAGACUCUUUACAGAGUAUGUCUCUGGUCAAUGUUUGAAUGAAUCUUUCCCGAAUGAGCAAUUAUUUGCAAUAUCCCAAUCCAAAGCACCUUGGUAUGCCUAUAUAGUCAAUUACCUGGCCGUAGGACAAUUACCAUUAGGGUGGAAAAACUCAGAAAGAUCAUUCUUUGCAACCAUCAAGCAUUAUUUUUGGGAAGACUUGGACCUUUUCAGGGUGUGUAACGCCCCACUUGAGAUAGUUAGGAGAUGUGUUCCCGACCACGAGUUUAGUAGCGUACUUGCAUUUUGUCAUUCUUAUGCUUGUGGUGGUCAUUAUAGUGGCAAGAGGACCGCUUUAAAGGUCCUCCAGUGUGGUUUUUAUCGACCCAUUCUUUUUUGUGAUGCAUUCUUUUAUUGUCGUGCUUGUACUUCAUGUCAAAAAGUAGGGAAUAUUGGUAGAUGAGAUAUGAUGCCCCUGAAUCCUAUUUUGAUUGUGGAAGUGUUUGAUGUAUGGGGUAUUGAUUUUAUGGGUCCAUUUCCCUCAUCUUUUGGCUUUGAAUAUAUCUUGCUUGCAGUGGAUUAUGUGUCUAAAUGGGUAGAAGCCAUUGCCACUAGGACCAAUGAUCACAGGGUGGUCGUCAACUUUGUUCAAUCGCACAUCUUUAGCCAUUUCGAUCAUCCGCGCGCCAUCAUCAGUGAUGGUGGCUCACAUUUCACCAAUAUUCACUUUGGCUCACUAUUGAAAAAGUACUCAAUCACUUAUCGAGUUGCCACACCUUAUCACCCUCAAACUAGUGGAAAAGUGGAACGUGCUAAUAGGGAAAUUAAGACUAUCUUAGAGAAAAUGGUACGGCCCGAUCGUAAGGAUUUGUUAGUGCGUCUGAAUGAUGCACUUUGGGCCUAUCAAACCGCAUAUCGUACCCCUAUUGGCAUGUCCCCUUAUCGGUUAGUUUUUGGGAAAACAUGUCAUUUACCUGUAGAACUUGAACAUAGAACAUAUUGGGCCACAAGGAAAUUCAAUUUUGAUAUGACCACGGCCGAUGACCAUAGGAAACGCCAACUUUCAGAGUUAGAUGAGCUAAGACAUGAAGCUUAUGAGAACUCUCGCAUCUCUAAAGAGAAGACCAAAGCUUUUCACGAUAAACACAUUGUUAGGAAGUCAUUCUCUCCUAAUAAAAAAGUGUGGCUCUUUAACUCUAAGCUUCGCUUAUUUCCAGGGAAGCUUUGGUCACUAUGGGAUGACCCUUUUAUUGUUCUUAAUGUUUUCCCUCACGGAGUUGUUGAAAUCCAAAACCCAAAAACGGGACAAGUU